UUUCACGUACUGUGCAGUUAGUCAUUCAGCCAGCUACAGCACUGAGGAGCUGUCAUCUCCAUGGGGGACUGAUGAACUUUUUAUUCCGCUCCAUGAAGCCCUUGUCAGGCUAGUUUGACGGAGCAGUUCCUGCCAUGGAAGCAGCGGAAAAUACUCGCUUCUCUUGAACGGCUGACUGAAAUCGCUGUUUUGACAGAUAGCUAGGUGAUUAGCUAUGUAGCUAGCUGGUCAGAGGUUGAUGCAGUGAAACCCGGCGUCAGAAGGCAAAACACAGCCUAGCAGACAAAGACAGUGUGAAAAUUGUGUUUUUUAACUUAGUAUAUUUCUUACACUUCUUUUACACUCUACACAGGCUGUCGGCCAAAAGAAAAAAUCCCAUUUAGAAAAGACGUGAUUUAAAAGGGGAAGAGGAACAUUGAAGUCGAGCUACAUUGGCAACGGAUGUCCCAGAGAACGAAUGCGUGAGGACAUGUCCACCAUGGUGUGUGUGAAGGAGGAGGAGGAUCCUGGGGAGAAGCUGUCCCAGGAUGAGAUCAUUUCCCGGACCAAGCAGGUGAUUCAAGGAUUGGAGGCCCUGAAGCAAGAGCACCACUCCAUCCUGGAGGGCCUUCUGGGCACGCUGCGCUGCCUGAAGCAGGAUGAGGAGGGCGUUCUCGUGGAGGAAAAAUCGCACAUGAUCCGCAAGUCCCUGGAGAUGCUGGAACUUGGGCUCAGCGAGGCUCAAGUGAUGAUGGCGCUUUCAAACCACCUGAGCUCAGUUGAGUCUGAGAAGCAGAAGCUGAGGGUACAGGUACGGCGACUCUGCCAGGAGAACCAGUGGCUAAGGGACGAGCUGGCCGGGACACAGCAGAAACUGCAGAAGAGCGAGCAGAGCGUGGCUCAGCUGGAGGAGGAGAAGAAGCACCUGGAGUUUAUGAACCAGCUGAAGAAGUACGACGAGGACUUGUCCCCCUCUGAGGAAAAGGAUUCAGACUCUACCAAAGAGACUUUGGAUGAUCUCUUCCCAGAUGAUCAGGAUGACCAAGCCCCAGGCAUCCAGCCAGCCCACAGCAGUGCUGCAGCAGCUGCUGCUCAGCAGGGAGGAUACGAGAUUCCUGCUCGACUGAGGACCCUCCACAACCUGGUGAUCCAGUAUGCCUCCCAGGGCAGGUAUGAGGUGGCUGUGCCUCUCUGCAAACAGGCUUUGGAAGACCUGGAAAAGACUUCAGGACACGACCACCCAGAUGUGGCCACAAUGCUUAAUAUCUUAGCCCUUGUUUACAGGGAUCAGAACAAAUACAAGGAGGCCGCCAACCUGCUGAAUGAUGCUCUGGCCAUCAGGGAGAAGACACUUGGGAGGGACCAUCCAGCUGUUGCUGCAACUCUCAAUAAUCUGGCUGUCCUGUAUGGGAAGAGAGGGAAGUACAAGGAAGCAGAGCCUCUGUGCAAGAGAGCGCUGGAGAUCAGAGAAAAGGUGUUGGGCAAGGACCACCCAGAUGUGGCCAAGCAGCUAAACAACCUGGCCCUGCUGUGUCAGAACCAGGGCAAGUAUGAGGAGGUGGAGUACUACUACAUGAGAGCGCUGGAGAUCUACCAGACCAAACUGGGCCCAGAUGACCCUAACGUGGCCAAGACCAAGAACAACCUGGCGUCCUGUUACCUGAAGCAGGGCAAGUUCAAGCAGGCUGAGACCCUGUAUAAAGAAAUCUUAACCCGCGCUCACGAACGGGAGUUUGGCUCUGUUGAUGAUGAGAACAAACCAAUCUGGAUGCAUGCUGAGGAGAGAGAGGAGCAAAGCAAGGGGAAGCAGAAAGACGGUUCACCAUUUGGAGAGUAUGGAGGCUGGUACAAAGCCUGUAAAGUCGACAGCCCCACGGUUACCACCACCCUGAAGAACCUUGGUGCCCUCUACAGGCGGCAGGGCAAGUUAGAAGCAGCUGGGACCCUGGAGGAAGCUGCGAUGCGUUCCAGAAAGCAGGGUCUGGACAAUGUGCACAAGCAGCGCGUGGCUGAGGUGCUGAGCGAGCCGGAGGCCCGAGAGAAGCAGCGAAGCCGCGAGAGCCUGAAUUCUGACACGGUGAAGUAUGAGAGCGGGCCAGACGGUGGCGAGGAAGUGAGUAUGAGCGUGGAAUGGAACGGGGAUGGUUCCAGCUCUCUGAAGAGGAGCGGAUCCUUCAGUAAACUACGAGCGUCAAUCCGCCGCAGCAGCGAGAAACUCGUUCGCAAGCUGAAAGGCGGCGGCUCAUCCCGAGACAGCGAGCCCAAAAACCCCGGCAUGAAGCGAGCCAGCUCUAUGGGGAUGCUUAACGUGGCGGACAAGGCUGCGAAUGACCACUACCAAGAACGAAAUAAUUGUCUGAGAAAAAGUCGCGACCUGAGUGCCAGCCACACUAACCUGGCGCGUUGAAGGUUUUUUACUCUGAGGAGGUGAAAGGUCACGGAGAACUGAACUGAACUGAACUUCUGACCAUCCUCGAUGUAAAUAGCUGUUUGUGAAAGCUUGACAUCUCCCAUAUUCUACUUCAGCAUCAUCCCAUCAUGUGCUAACUAUACAGAUUUUAGUCUUUCAUUGCACUCUUGAAGGUUUAUGAUCUCAGAUGGUAAUUUGUGGUAUGUAAUUAUAUCAGUACAUAUCGGGGGGGUAUGAACGUACGGUGGGCUGCUGUAUGUUUCUUUGUUUCAGUCUAAUUCUAUGUGCAUGUACUGUAUGUAAGUGUGUGCUGGUGUGAGUGGCUGCCCUCUCAGAUUACAGUUUAAUAUUUUGUUUUGUUUUUCUAUACUAGUGGUGGUAAAGGCGGGCGCAGAGUGGAGUUUUAAUUUUAGAAUCAUUUCUAAUGUAGAGGCUAAAAACUGCAGGGGAUGAAUCCAGUUGGCAGUCCUAGAUGACAGAGAGGAGCUCAGUCACUGUUUAGCUAUACCCUAACAAUAACUAUUGCUAUGGUAGGAGUAAACAGCAACCUCUGGACCUGAAAAGGGUCAGUGAGGGACCAAAACUCACAAUUCAUCAUCCAAAUCAAGUAAAUCUCGAUAACCGCCCAUUUUAUGAAAAGCCCAGCUUUACAGCAUAGACAAGCGUGUUUUUGUUCUUUAUAGAUCAUCUCUAUCUGCAUGCAGCUUCAUGCAGCAUGUUUUCUAUAUAUAUAGAAGUCACCUGUCCACUGUUUCUAAGGUUUAAACCUAUGCAAAACCAAACAGAUUUAAAGGUGGAUACAAUUGAAUCUUAUUUAAAGUUGUUUUGUUUGAGCCUGUUUUUGCUUGCAUCUCUUUUGAAAUGACCACUAGCCAGCUCUCUAGCUUUAUCUGAUCAUUUAACAGGUGUACCGUUUUUCAUCCAAGUAUGUUUUGAAAAAGGAAAAUAGAAGAUUGUGAAGGGCAGAUUGCUGAACCCGAGGCUUCACAGCCGUAGUCAGCAAACCAGUCGUUUAAAUCACUAUCGCUAUGUUCAUCUUUUAGAUAAAGCUGCACUGAAUUUCGCUUUAAUUUGCUAAAAGCUUCUGGAUGCUCCAUUAAUGAUUUGCUGCUCUGCUGAAACAUGACUAAAGAAACCAUGUUUGUCUUCACUGGUACCGAUCAUUAAAACAACAAAGAACUACGAUUUAGCUCAUAAACCUUGAUGAUUUCAAAUUAAUCACAAUUUUUGGCCAGUGUUGAUGUUUUCACACCACUUUCUUUAUAUUUGGCUGUGUGCUGAAUUCUAACUCUGCCAAUAAGAACAGUUCUACUUCCUAAGACUCUUCACUCUUUGUUCUGCAGAUUUCCAAAUGAAGUUGUGCACAGAGUGUAGAUUAGUUGAGAAAAUCUCCUGAUGUGUAUGAAUCUCAGCAGCUGUAGUUCACAAAAACAUGGAAACCUGUCCAGGGAUCUUUCAGCUGCCUCUUCCUAAAAAUAAUCCGUCCUGUGUUGAUUGAUUCAAUAUUUAGCUUUCGAUGUGUGAAGUUCCAUGUUUACAUGAUUUGGGGUUUGUAAAUUAUGUUUUUAUUUGUUUCUGUCUUUGCGCUGUUUCUUUUUAUAUCGUUCUGUAAUAAGCCUUGAGAGCAGGAUCCGUGGACUGACUAGCACACGAAGGCUGGCCCGCACACUCUCAGGACUGAGGCUGUACUUCCACACACUGACUACAAACUUAACGUCACUCCAGACUUUUUAAGUAAUGACGGGAGAAAUGUUUGCAGGACUUUCAAUGACGAGACAAAACUUUGCCAUGUGAGUGAAGUUGAACCAAAAAGUGGAAAUUUUUUUAAUGAACACCACACGGAAUUUUUAAUGUACAUUUUUGUGAAGUGAUUUAAAUUUCCAGUUAAAUAUAGAGAUAUCCAACAUAAUCCUGGUAUGAAUACUGAAGGACUUAUCAUUAAAAAAACAUUUAAACAAUUUCUGUGUUUAAAUGUACAAGUUGACUUGUGAUUGUUCUAAGAGUUAAUCUCGAAAUUAAACUUUUCCCUUUACUGGCCUUUUGAUAACUUUAUGUUAAAUGAAGGUAACUAUGCGUACAUGCUCACUUCUUUAAAAGGAAGCUACAUAAUAUUUAGCAUAUUUAAUGUCCUUUACUGGUGGUAAGCUUGAACUGAAAGAACAUACAACCGGUUAAAUGAUGAUGAAGUGCCUUGUUUAAGAGAUCCCCAGAGAUGGUAUAUUUUGUGUGGAGAGUUUCUUCUGUUUGAGCUGGGCUGUGUAUUUACAUUUCUUUUCAUUUCAGACACACACAAAUGCACAUGAUGUCCAUUUAUGGAGAAGUAAGCUGCUACAAAAUAUAUUUUCUAUAUAGAUUGAAGUUAUAGAAAUAAUGAAAAUCAAAAAUUAUUAGAGUGAAUGCACAUGCAAUGGUAGUCUGCAGCUGAGUCCAUUUUUUUAUACUGCCUUAGACAUAUAGAUACAUUAUAGAUGUAUAUUUUUACAGGAACUCAGAAGCCUGUUCUGAAAUGUUAGAAUUUUGUCUAAACGCACCUAAACAGCCUCACCAACUGCACAUGACCUUUGUGUGCAUGUCUUUGAAUUUAAAGUCUUUAAAUUAGAUUCGAGCAAAGAUUAUACAGACUAGAUUAGAAGAUUAGAAAUUUGGUGAGAGAUCCUGAGUCAGCUUUUAACAUUAACAUUAAACAUUAAAUUAAACGCAAUGAACUUCACAUUGGACAAAUUCAGUACAACGUGAUCUAGAAGAAGGCGUUACAGUAUACAAAGAUGCGCAUACAAAGGAUUGAUGAGAAAAGCUCAAACAGAUGAAACGGCACAAAAAAUUAGAAUAAACCCUCCAUAUCAGCCUAGGAAUGACCACAGUGGUCUGUUUAAUAAAUGCACUAAUGAUAAAGAAGUCUCCACAGAUCAACCAUAAUCAGGUUUAACCGUCCAUCUCCAAACAGCCCUAGCACAUUUGUAAAUCUUUAGCAUGAACACCUAGUUGAGAAGGAUUUGCACUGGAAACAUCAGACUGGCGUAAAGUAAUAAUGAUGAUCUCCCACCUUAAGCUGCAUUGAUUAUUGUACUGAUGUGUGACUAAUGCAUUUGCUGCAUUGUACGUUGUCUCUGUUGUGUUUCCUGAAUCUUACAUAUUUUUUUUGGCAGGGUUGUGCAAUAUGGUUUUGUUUUCAUUUCUCUUAUUUGUUGGAAAAAAAAAACCCUCUUUACAUCUCACAGAUCAGACCUUUAACUUCAAUAAAAAUCGACACCUGAAGAAUGAAUUCACAUGAAGGUGUCACAAACCAUUA